UGGCCUUGUUUAAAAAAGGCGUCCGGGCAGUGCAAAUGGUUGGUCGAGCAACUGAACUGGGAAAGGAGCACAAUUCAGCUGGAGGGAAAGGGUUACUAAAGGCGGCGGUGGUAUUGCAAAAGAGUGGGCCCAAAACCGGAGUCCACGGUAUGGGCAUGAACCAUCACACUCAUGAGAAACAAAAUCACGAACCCUCCAACACGAUGAAUACGAAUGGCUCCACGUAUGCUGGUUAUCAUCUUGCCUACGAAAUCAAGAAACUCAUGCCGACAACCCGGAAUAGCAGCGGAAACAAUGCUAAUCAAAAUGGUGGAGGGCUUCAGGUUGGGAUAGCCGACGAUCAAGCUCAGGAUUUCGAUUUUGAGAUGACGGAAAUGAAGUACGAUUCCACAGGGAUGUUCCAUUGGUGCCCGGCUCGUUCCAUGGAGGAAUGCAUCCUGGACCGAAACCAGGCGGCUAUGACGGUGCUGAACGGGCACGUGGUGGUGUGCUUGUUUGCGGAUCAAGAUUCCCCGCUGAUCGGACUGAGGAACCUGGUCAUGCCGUUGAGGGCCUCCAAUUUCCAUUACCACGAGUUGAAACACGUCGUGAUCGUCGGCUCUGUCGACUAUAUCCGGCGCGAAUGGAAGAUGAUCCAGAACCUGCCCAAGAUCUCCAUCCUCAACGGUUCUCCUUUGAGCCGGGCCGACCUGCGGGCCGUCAACGUGAACCUCAGUGACAUGUGCGUGAUUCUGUCUGCGAAGAUCCCGAGCAACGAUGACCCGACGCUGGCCGACAAAGAGGCCAUCCUUUCCUCCCUAAAUAUCAAAGCAAUGACCUUCGAUGAUACCAUCGGCGUCCUUUCGCAAAGCAAUCUGGGAACGCUGGGGAGUCCGAUCGUGCUCCAAAGAAGGGGUUCCGUCUACGGCAGCAACGUCCCCAUGAUCACAGAGUUGGUGAACGACAGCAACGUGCAGUUCCUGGACCAGGACGACGACGACGAUCCGGACACGGAGCUGUACUUGACUCAGCCUUUCGCAUGUGGAACCGCUUUUGCCGUUUCCGUCCUCGACUCCCUCAUCACUCCGGAGAGCUUGGAGAACCGGGAUCGCUGCCGAGUGGGGAUGAUCUCCCUCAAGGAUGGACCACUGGCUCGAUUCGGACACACCGGCAAAUACGGCCAUCUAUUCGUUUCCGCUCUCAACACUUACGGCAUGCUCUGCAUCGGGCUCUACAGGUUGAAGGAUACGAAUGCAAGUUCAGAGAGUGUCUCGUGCAAGCGUUAUGUCAUCACGAAUCCUCCGGGUGAUUUCCCGCUUUUAUCUUCCGAUCUGGUAUACGUGUUGAUGCAAUUCGAUCACGGGUUGGAGUACAAGGUGGGCCGUGGAGAGGGAGUAGGAGGAGGUGGAAAGGAUGGAGGAGGUUUGGGUGGAGGAGGAAAAUCCGGAGAUUCCUGACUAUUGCACUGUAG